UUUCGCUUUCACGGUCACCGUUGUUAUUAGACAUUAAAUUAAUCAUUAAUAAAAGUUUACAGUAGACUGAGUAGAGUGGACUAAAUCUAGACCUAUAGACCAGUAUAUAGUCUAUAGUAAAAUAUAGAGUUUACUAGAAAUUAUAUCAUGCAUUGCAUGAUUCUUUGACAGCAACAAAAAAUGGCCAAACGAAUUGGAACAUUUAGCCGCAUUUUCAUUAAUUUGAAAAACUCAUUGUUUUCUGUAAAACAAAAAGAUACAUUUGUAGGAUCUGACAAAUUUGGCAACAUGUAUUUUGAAAAAUUAGGAGAUGAAGCUCAUAAUUUACGAGCAUCCCGUUAUAUCAAGCAAAAGGACCCACAAAAUGUUGAUAUUCCAGAGACUCCUGUUGAAUGGGAAGCUUGGCUCAGAGGAAGGCGUAAAAACCCACCAAGUGUUGAGGAAAUAGAAAGCAAUGACAUCAAAAGGAUCCAGACAAAGAAGAGAGCCGAAGAGCUGGAAAGGAAAUUUUCAGGGAGAAAAAUUUCAGAGCCAUCUCCUUCAGCUAAAGUGAUUACUGAAAACAUUGUUCCAAGUCAAGACAGGAAUCCAUUUCCACAAUAUGAAGAAUAUGAAUUGACUCCAGGAGAAAAAUACAGUUCAACUGAUAAAAUCAAAUAGAAGACCAGAUAAUAUUCAAUCAGUUGUGUAAAUAAUAAUUAUUAUUAAAAUGAAAUGUUUUCAAUAAAA